CUGCAACCGUAUGAAGGAAGACGACUAUUUAGUGAAAUUUCUACAUUUCCCUGAGGAUUAACUGCUCUGUAACUUACCAAGAACUAAAUCAAAAUGAAUGGAAGCGGAGAUGGAUCACAAAAUAACCGUAAUGGCCGACAGGUUAACCCAGAAAUGUUUCCAAGAGGAGAUCAGGAGCCAGCUUACGAACCUGUUGGUGGAAUCUGGGGUUUACUGGAAAGACUUUAUGUUACUCUCUAUGAUAUCUUUUUUUGGAGGCUGACUGAGCUACUAGAUGAAUUAGAGGAUCGAUAUGAUGUCUUAUAUAUUGACUUUCACAAUGUCAAUGACGGCAAUGUCAACAAUGUAAACAAUCACAAUAUUAAUGUGAGAGACAAUGAUGCCAAUGUUGACAACAAUGAACUGCAUGAUGAUCAAAAUGCUGUUGUUGUUGUCGGCAUUGAAAAUGACGAUUCUGAUGAGGCAUUUGAAGACUGUGAGGAUGUUCACCCGUACAUCCCAGAAGAGGAUCCUCAGCCAGGUGUAUCCAGGAAGAGGUCUAGAGAGAUGGAUGUGGAAGAUGUGGAGCCCAACAAAAGAAUCAGAUGGAGCGAGGAGUUUUCUGAUGAUGACUCUGACUUCAUCUCUGCCUGUGAUACUGAUAGCGAGGGCUGUCCUCAUCUUGGUAAUAUUGCUGAUGAGGUACCGCUGUCUGUUGGAUCCACGAAAAGGUCCAGAAAGGAAGAUGGAGAUGAAGAAGAGCCUAAUAGCAAAAGAUCCAGGCUCGCAAACUCUGAUUCGGGGACCAGCUCAAUUGUGUAUGAUCACUCUGAGAGCAGUAGUGAUGAACUCUUUGAAGAUGCCCAUGAAGAGACUGACAACCAUGAAACUGGAGGCUCGAGGAAAAGGUCCAGAGAGGAUUUGGAAGAAGAAGAGGAAUGCUUGCGCGUUUGCAAAUUUCGGAGGUGUUCAAAUGAGUCCACCAGCACCCGUGAUGACAACUAACACUAUUUCAACGGGAUUUUUCUGUAUCCUUUUAGUAGGCUGAUGGCCUACUCAGGUGACCCUGAAUCCUCCCUUGGUUUUGCUGCCAUAAGUUGGGCAUACACUGUGCAAUUUUUUCAGUCGCGUUAUUCAGCUCCUGUUCAAACUCUCCGAUUGACUCGUAGGGGUUAGAAGUUCGUAGGUCACGAUACAGGGUCUCAUACUAUACGGCCCGAUGCUCUGUGCAACCUGAGUGCUCACACUGUUCGUCCAUAGCAUGAAGGUUAUGACACAAAAUUUUACACUAUUUUCACGGUUGUUGUGGUUGCGAUAAUUUUG